AUGUCAAACAACGACGACCUCUCUGCACUUUCCAAGUUGAUCCCGACUUUAACAGGGACAGAAACCUUUGUUCGUUGGCGCCGAGGUGUACGUAACUACCUCUUCGACAAAGGUGCUCAAGGUCAUCUCAGCGGCCUUGAGCCCGAGCCUUUCAGACGACUCGUAAAUCCGGCAGUGCCAACAGAUCAUUCCGUUGUCUUUCCCCCUGAUACCAUUGCCGGGGAGGCUCCCCCAGACGCCACAAAUUCAACAACAGCAGACCUCUGGUCAGCCCAAGAAAUCUGGGCGCGUAUUACUGCGCAGCAUCAAGUUAAAACGACAGCAAGGCGUAAUGAUCUCAACCAGCGUAUUUCCCUCCUCCGUCUAGUUGAAAAUGCCAACUUCGACACCAUGCACGCUCACCUCGAGACCUUUAGUGAGCUAGUAGCCGAGGCUCUUGGUGCAGGUGCCCAUAUAGAUGAUGGUGAUCGUUCCGAAAGAUUUCUUCUCUCCCUUGGUCGCGACUUUGCGCCACUUCGUCAACAGUGGGAUCUCCGACCAGACACGCAGAAAAGCUGGGACCAUCUUGUAACCGCGUACCACAGUAUUGCCGACACCCGCCGUCUUGAGCAAGAAAUGGAGAACCAUACUCAACAAGCCAUCAGUGCUGUUCUUGUAAAUAAAGAUGCUAUAAAGAAGGAUAAGGGGAGAUCAGGUAGUAGGGUAGGAAAGGGUAGAAGAAAACGUGGGAAAGAUGAAAGUGAUAGUGAAGAAGACGAAGAGUGUGAUUGGUGUGGUAAAUACGGACAUAGUGUGGAAGACUGUCGCAUUAAGAAACACGGAGAUCUAUCCAAGAGUCAAUUACAGGAAGCCAUUAGAGAAUACCGAUCAAAACACCAAGUCAAUGUCAUGAGAGACGAGUCGCCAGAACCCAUAGUCUUCGGUAAUCUUUCUUCGCUCCUAUGA